AUCAGGGAAGAGAGAAAAUAACAAAGAGAAUUGUAUAUAUGUAGACGCUACCCUGAGUACUUCCUUAUUUGCAAGCUUGUACUCCCAUUGCUCAUACCGGGGGAAGAGAUUGAGAGAGAGAGCAGGCUAAUCGAAAAGCAAACAAUUACAGUGAAAGCCAUCAUUGCACGUCAUAGAACCACUCCAUCUCCCACUUCUUUCAACAUUCUCACGGGCCAAAAAAUGGAGCUCAAUAAGCUGCAGAGAGCUUCAACAAUAGCAGCAUUAGCGUUAUCCAUUGGUCUAGUCAUGAUGGGCAAUUUCACUAGUGCAGAGAGACUACUGAAGGAGCAAAAACCACAAUAUUUGGUUGAGAAAGAAAUGAGCAAGCCUGAUCUUCUAGUGAAAAUGUCUCAUUUUCUCUGGCAGAGUGACAAGACUUCUUAUGAGCCUGUUUGGCCUGAGAUGAAGCUUGGUUGGAAAAUCGUGGUAGGAUCAAUAAUUGGAUUCUUCGGUGCAGCAUUGGGUAGCGUUGGUGGAGUUGGAGGUGGUGGAAUUUUUGUGCCAAUGCUUGCCUUAAUCAUUGGCUUUGAUCCCAAGUCCUCUACUGCCAUUUCCAAGUGUAUGAUAAUGGGUGCCGCAGGAUCCACAGUAUAUUACAAUCUGAGACUCAGGCACCCAACACUGGACAUUCCCCUCAUAGACUAUGAUCUGGCAUUGCUUUUUCAACCCAUGCUUAUGCUAGGAAUCAGCAUUGGAGUAGCUUUCAAUGUCAUGUUUGCUGAUUGGAUGGUCACUGUUCUGCUUAUCAUUCUCUUCAUUGGUACAUCAACCAAAGCUUUAUUCAAAGGCAUAGAUACAUGGAAGAAGGAGACAAUGAUGAAGAAGGAAGCAGCCAAGCAAUUGGAAUCAGAGUCCAAACCAGGUGAUGGUGAGGGACAAGAUUACAAACCCCUGCCAAGCGGUCCAUCUGCACUCCCAGAUGAAGAUGAUGUGAGUCCAAGAAAAUUGCUUACAGCAAUGCUGUUUCAACAAGUCAUAAUCACAGUUGUUUCUUGUUUCUUUAUCCAGGUCCCCCUAUUGCAAAAUAUUUACUGGAAAGAGGCAGCACUUCUGGUGUAUGUAUGGCUGGGCUUUCUAGCCGUUCAAAUUGUUAAGUCAUACGUUAAAACGUGCUCCAUCACGUACUGGGUUCUGAACGCUUUGCAGGUACCAAUUGCUUUCUCAGUUACACUUUUUGAAGCCAUAUGCUUGCGCAAAGGAACCAGGGUUAUAGCAUCCAAAGGAAAGGAAGUCACAAACUGGAAGUUUCUUCAAAUUUUGCUUUACUGUUCAUGUGGGAUAGUGGCUGGAAUGGUGGGCGGACUACUAGGACUAGGAGGUGGCUUCAUCUUGGGACCUCUUUUCCUUGAAUUGGGAAUUCCUCCUCAGGUUGCAAGUGCAACAUCAACCUUUGCAAUGGUAUUCUCAUCUUCAAUGUCAGUUGUACAGUACUACCUUCUCAACCGUUUUCCGGUAAAUUAUGCUAGUUAUUUUACUUUAAUUGCAACAAUUGCUGCCUUGGCCGGUCAGCACGUAGUCAGAAGGAUUAUUGCUCUCCUUGGAAGAACAUCAAUAAUCAUCUUCACAUUGGCUUUGACAAUUUUUGUGAGCGCAAUCAGCUUAGGUGGAGUGGGCAUAGCAGACAUGGUUGAAAAGCUGGAGAAUGAAGAAUACAUGGGAUUUCAAAAUCUUUGUCACCAGUAAAUAAAUAGUAUAAUAGUAGCAGAGUGAGAUUUUUCUAAGCAGAAGACGGCUAAAUCCACACCAUAAACUGCUUCCAUAUUCUUCAAUUUCUCCAUUUAUUUUCAAGUAAAGAUAUAUGUCACUGAACUGUAUGUACAAGUAUCAGCUAAAACUUUUCUAGCUGAGCUAUUCUUCAGGUUUUUCUCUUGCAUCUUAUUAGUUAUGUUUCUUCUAUAAAAAAUUUUUGCAAACAAUGCUGAAUAUAUAUGUUGUCAUUCGUUGUUCUA